AUGGAGAGCCUCAAAUCCCUCUUCGUCAAGCCCGAUCCCAAUGCACAGAUGCGGAAAUGCAACCAACUAAUAAGAUCCAACCUGCGCAAGCUCGACCGCGACAUCGCGCAAGUCAAAGCCGUCGAGUCCAAGACCAAGAACCUGAUCACAGCCGCCGACCGGCGCGGCCAGCGCAACCCAUCCCAGCGCACACAGGCGCAAAAGGAAGCCCGCGACUUCGCGCGCGAGCUGAUCCGCGCGCGGCGGCAGUCGACGCGCCUCGUGACGAGCAAGGCCCAGCUCAGCAGCGUCCAGAUGCAGGUCAACGAGGCCUUCGCCGUGCGCAAGAUCGAGGGCAGCAUCCGCGCCUCCGUGGGCGUCAUGAAGGACGUCAACAGCCUGAUCCGCCUGCCCGCGCUCGCGGGGACUAUGCAGGAGCUUAGUGUGGAGCUCAUGAAGGCGGGGGUCAUCGAGGACAUGAUCGGCGACACCCUGCCCGUGGAUGACGAUGGGCUGUUCGAGGACGACGAGGCGGAGGCCGAUGGCGAGGUCGAUAGAGUGCUGGGCGAGAUACUGAAGGGCCGCAUGGACAAGUCGGGCUCGCUGCCGAGUGCGCCGGUUGCGCAGGAGCCGGUGCCGGCGCAAGCGGAGGAGGAAGAGGAGGAGGACAACGAGGCUAUGAUGGACCAGAUGAGAAACAGGCUGGAGGCGCUGAGGAGUUGA